GAAGCGAACCUGUGCCGUUCAUGAAGCCAUCCGAGAGAGGGUCUUUUAUGCGGAACGUAGCUGGACGGUGGGUUUAAACGGACGAAAAAACGAGGAAUUGAAUCGGAGGAGGAGCGUCUGGAAAAAAAGAUUGACGACGAAGACUUGACUGCAGCCAGCAUCAAUAUGGUGGAUUAUUACCAGGUCUUGGGAGUACAGAGGAAUGCAUCCCAAGAAGACAUCAAAAAAGCGUACAGAAAACUGGCACUCAGGUGGCACCCGGAUAAGAAUCCAGAGAACAAGGAGGAAGCGGAGAGAAAAUUCAAAGAGCUGUCGGAAGCCUAUGAAGUUCUGUCUGAUGCCAACAAGCGCAGUAUAUAUGACCGGUUUGGGAAGGAGGGUCUAACUGGUGGUGGAGGAGGAGGACGUUACCACAACGGCGACCACUUUGGCGGAGGGUUCACCUUCCGCAAUCCAGAGGAUGUCUUCAGGGAGUUCUUUGGCGGGCGAGAUCCCUUUGCUGAUUUCUUCGGCCUGGAUGAUCCAUUUGAUGAUUUCUUUGGUGGUGGUCGAAGGCACCAGCGCAGCGUACACAGGAGCAGUCCGGCUGGGUCCUUUUUCUCUCCCUUUGGGGGGUUUCCAUCUUUCGGAGCUGGAUUUUCAGGGUUUGACCCAGGGUUCACCUCAUUUGGACACCUUGGCCAGAUGGGAGGUGGGAACUUUGCCUCAUUUUCCUCGACUUCAUUUGGCGGCGGUGGGAUGGGAAGCUUCCGCUCAGUUUCCACCUCCACUAAGUAUGUCAACGGCAGGAAAAUCACCACUAAGAGGACGAUAGAGAACGGACAGGAACGAGUCGAGGUGGAGGAAGACGGACAGUUAAAAUCUCUAACUAUCAAUGGUGUGGCCAGUCAGGCGUGUCUGGAGGAGGAGCAGCAGCGACGGCGCUCCAUCCACAGGCCGCUCCCCAGCACCGGACAGGCCGCAAUCCCACGAUGCCCAGGAAGAGUCUCGCAGAGCAGCCGCCAGGAGGAGCGGCUGCCGGACAGCAACCCGCAGGGUCCAGGGCGGGCUACAGCAGGACACCCUGACAUCAAGUGGAGGAAAGCAGAGAGGAAGGGGGACGAGGGAAGGAAGAAACGUCCAAGACUCAUUCACCAAGCCGGAACGGACCCUCAGUGAUUUUCGACUUCCCCCACAAACCCUUUUACAUGUUUGGGUUGCACUCAUGACAGUCUGCCAAUAACCACAUGACAAAACAAGCAAAUAUCAUAAUCAGUGAAAGCAUUAACAAUGUAAACAGCUGCACAUGGACCAUUGGCUUCAACCUUUCAGGAUGGUACUUGUACCUUGCAGGGACCACUUUUACCCUCAUUUCUUAUGAAUUAUUCUGUUUGUCUGUACUGUUUAUUAUUAUUUGGUCCAGACCUUUAAACGAAUUGUGUUAUAGAUCAAGGAAAGAUUCAUGUAAUUAUUUGUCAUGAUGUUUAUCUUUGGCCCAGAAUAUGAGACUAGUCUAUCUUUCAAGGGCAUGAUAUUUCUGUUCUCAUUCACUGCCCCACGAGGUCAUGUGGAGACAGGUGGGAAUGGCACCACUAGGUGAGGGGGUCGAUGGACGCUUAAGGACAGACGGGACAGGCUGGAUCUCUGUAUGACUCAUAAGGUGUAACAAAGCUGUUCUUCACUGUGUCGAUAACUCAGCCUGAAAGCAGUUCGCAUUCUGGGGGGAUGGAAAAUCGAACACCCAGAAUGAGACCCCCAUUUUUUGCCCCAGUGCAAAGGUUUGUUCUAGAUGGUCUGGCUUUCCCAUGGCAGCCACAGCUCUCCUUGAGGAGGACAGAUCGCACACCACUUCAUCAUGCUCUUCUGCAGGACCAGGUUGGAUGAAGCCAAAGCACUGAUGAGGAAAUUCCAUUAGGAGCAAAACAUCACUUUGAUGGCACCGACGAGACCUAUUCUGACCCUCUGCGUAUCUUUGUUAUGUUGACAUUCAGUGUUCUGCCUUUCCUCUUUCAUCCCAACCUAUAUCACAGAUGGCUUUCACUUGUCUUGUUUCAUGAGAGAAUUUUGUGCAUGCAGUGUUUCUUGAGCAGGUGAUGCAGGGGUUAUAGCUCUGGCCUUGCAGUCUGCAAAUGAUGGAUUCAAAUCCCCACCCAAGUAGUAGUACCCUUGAUCAAGGUACUCACCGUAAACUGAUACCCAGCUCCACAAAUGAGUAAAAUGCCGUGUGUAGCGCAAUGUUGUAAGUUGACUUAGAAAAGAGUGAGACCUAAAUAAACAAUAACUGAGCCUUCACCUAAAUGAAUCAA